UGUUUCCUAUGUCCAUGGUGUAAAUAUACCAUACAUUUUUCGUUGAAAUGACAUUUCGAUCAAUCGAGUUUCGUUAAAUUGCAUGCAUACCCAUGCUUGGCGAUAAGAGUAUUACAUGUGUACAAAAAAAUUUUUGGGUAGAUUUUAUGUACACUGUAGAACUUAAAAACGUUGGAAAUUUAAGAUAAAGAAGUGCUGUUUGACGCAUACAAAUUUAUUAGAAAAAUGUCCAGUGUAUCCUAUUGAAGUUUAUAGUGUGAUUUAAAACUGAUCCUCUAACCAUUAAUUGAAAGGUGAAAGUCUAACCAGAUACACCCAUGAGGGUUGUGGCGUUAAUUAGCGGUGGGAAGGAUUCUUGUUUUAGUAUGAUGCAGUGUGUAGCAGCUGGACAUGACAUUGUGGCUUUGGCGAACCUAUACCCAGUUGGUGAAGAUGAACUCGACUCAUUCAUGUUUCAAACUGUCGGUCAUCAGGGUGUACAGUUUAUCAGCGAAGCUAUUGGUUUACCUGUAUACCGUGAACCUACUUUUGGAAAGUCUAAAAUGCAAGAAAAAAACUAUACCCCAACUGACGACGAUGAAGUUGAAGAUCUUUAUAGACUUCUAAAGAAAGUAAAGGACUUUCAAAAUAUAGAAGCUGUUUUAUCUGGAGCAAUUUCCAGUGACUACCAGCGGAUACGAGUCGAAAAUGUAUGCAGUCGGUUGGGGCUUAUCUCUUUAUCAUACCUUUGGCAAAGAAAUCAGGAAGAUUUGUAUAGAGAAAUGUUAGAGUGCUCUGUAAAUGCAGUAAUUAUUAAAGUUGCUGCCUUAGGUUUAGAGUCAAAGCACCUUGGAAAGUCUUUAUUUGAAAUGCAUUCUCAUCUAAUAAAAAUGAAAGAAAAAUAUGGACUAAACGUGUGUGGGGAAGGCGGUGAAUAUGAAACAUUCACUCUGGACUGCCCACUGUUCCUUAAAAGCAUUGUGAUAGACGAGUAUGAAAGCAUCGUUCACACGAAAGGUGAUAUUGCGCCGGUUGGAUAUCUAAACUUCAAAAAAAUACACCUUUUAAAUAAAAAUAAAGCAAUGGAUAAACUGUCGUUGCGAGAAAGAUUACAAGGAACCUCAAUAAAAGCGCCUUUUGAUUAUAUCUCUGACAUAAUAUGCCCAAAAGAAAAAGAAGAUGAUCCUGAUCAUGGUACGUCUGGUAAUGGAACCGCAGAUUGUGAGUUCGUCAGUAAUGUUUCAAAGAAAAAACCUUGUGAAGAUGAUUUCAGUUUAUUAACUUCAUCAAAUGUCUCUUCUGUUGAUGAAGAGUAUCCAGAUAAUCCUAGCUGGAGCGAAAAUCGAUGUGGUUGGUUUUACUUUGGAGGAAUAACAAGUAAGGACCAAGAAGCAAAAUCUGCCAUAAUAGAAGCUCUGGGUAAACUACACAACCUUGUACAUGAAGCGAGUAUUCAAAUUUUGGAUAUCGUAUCAGUCACUCUUUAUAUAAAAAACAUGGCAGACUAUUCGAUGAUAAAUGAAGUGUAUGACUUGAUGUUUUCAAAAGUGAACCCACCAGUAAGAGUAUGUAUAGAAUGCCCUUUGAACGUACACAUUGUACUAGAAGCAUUAGCUUAUAGAGAUAGAAGCAGCGCCAGGGAUGGAGAAAUUCAUAGAAGACACACUAUGCAUGUUCAAAGUAUAAGUAAUUGGGCUCCAGCGAAUGUGGGACCAUACUCUCAGGCUGUUCGGAUUGGAGAUAUUAUUUUAACUGCUGGUCAAAUACCUUUAGUACCUGGCACUAUGAAAAUUUUAGAUUCAAGUAUAAAGGAUCAAUGCAGUUUAACUUUGAGACACAUUAAUAGAAUUUUAGAGGCUAUGGAUUACAGUACGCGGCUUAGAGAUAUAGUUCACGGCAUUUGUUUCUUAACAAAUGCUAGCUACAUACCAGAAGCUCGUAAAGAAUGGGAAAUACGGACAAACAAUGCCAUUGUUGAUUAUAUUGUUGUACCGGCUCUUCCACGCGGUGCCAGUGUCGAAUGGUGUGUAUGGGCCCAUAAAGACAACAGCAGAUUUGAAUAUGAAGAGACAGGAAGAUGCGUCGGGAACUUAAAUAUCUCGUUAAGGAGAAGGUGGAACUAUGAAAACAAUGUUUCAGCGAUUGUUUGCUACUUGACUAAUGGUUUAUCAGAUCCAACUGUAAACUUCGUGAUGGAGACAAGCGAGACCUCUAUUGAUCUUACUGCUGAAGAAUUGAAAAAAAGUUUUCAGUAUAUUCUAUUUAAUUUAAGAAAAGGCUCAAAAAGUAAAAAUCCAGCCUGCCAUUUGCGAGUUUUCUACAAGGCGGACGAUUCUCGAGUGGUCCAGUUAAUCCUGAAUGCCCUCGCUUACUUUUCAAAAGAAAAUAUAGUAAUUACUAUUAUUCCUACAAUGAACCUAUGUAAUCUCAAUACGUUCAUAUCAGUGUGUGGGGUCCGCCAUGAAUAAACUGUGUUAAUGAUACAUCCCCGUAUGCAUACCUGAAAAAUCUCCUUAAUGAUGCUGGACGAACAUAGUGGCGGGGUGGUGUGUAGUACGAGGCAAAAUAUUUAUUGACAACUAUUUUGUUUCUACUAUGCUUGUAAUUUGCAAGAUAAUUUUGAAAAUGUCAUAAAGUUUUGAAAUAGUUGUAUUUUGUUUAACUAUACGUAAUUGUACUUUUUGUAAUUUGUGAACAUUUUUUAACUUUAUAUCGUAUAAUUAUUUUUAUCAGAACCAGAAGGUACCGCAAAAUAAAUAAAAAUUCGAAUA